AUGGCCGCCCUCCAUGGCACUGAGCCCUCCACCAAUAGAUACAGCAACCGAUACUCAACCACACUGACGACAUCUCAGCAACUCAGACUCGCACAAGAACACAAACCUUCUACUCGCAAGCGUCUAUCUGGCGGACUCGAAAGACUCAAGUGCAAAGCGCGCAGAGUCUCGGCCGAAUUCUGCAAGUCGCUACAUCCACAGCAGAAGACGUGCGAAGAGCAGCUGCUCGGCGAAGAAGAUAUCACUCCAGUACAGCACCAUGCCCCUGAAGUGGAACUCCAUCUUUGCUCCGUCUCGGAUUGCGAUCACAUGUUCUGUCUCCCUGCCAUACCAAAAGACUAUGGUCGUUCUGUCGGUCACGGAAUCGAAGACGAUCACAGCUCGAUUGAUUACGAUCUGGAGUCUUCUGUACACAAGAGCGACGAGUGGCAGCAGGAAGACGCCUACGAGGUCAUCGAGCCGGAGAGCCCGGAGCUGCACGCUGAAGCAUUUCGCGGAUUCAGUGGUGCAUGGCCGCAGGAUCUACUGAAGAACAGCAGCCCUGUCCCUGGAGUUAUCUGGAACGAAAAGAAGCAGCAGGAAAGUAACUUGGAAGCCAGCUGGCAGACGAUCGGCACUUCUUCUCCGGGAUUUCUCUCAGGCUUUGGUCCUGACCCAGAACCUACCCAGUGGUUGGACUUGCCGCCUGAGGCCCUGGAGACUGCGGAGUGGCUUGGGAGGCUGUGGCGCUCGUUCGCAGAUGAGAGUGGUGACGGCGCGUGUGAGUGA